UGCUCCCCUUGUUUCUAUCGGCAAACAGCAUGCCGCAAUCUUGGGAUUUGUCCAGGCAUAUCCAGCUUGCUGUGCUGAUGCUCAUACUCAUGGGCAUCAUAGCCAUCACAGUUCGUGUAGACUUUUGGGAAGACUAUUCUUCUCGAAGUAUUUCCAAAGAUGCUGAAGAAAUGCAGAAGUUGAUUGCCAAUCAACAAGAAACGCUAAGAGAGGACGAAGAUAGAAGAAAAAUGACAAAAAUAAAGGAGAUUGAGGGACGAAGGGCUGUUUUGGAACCUGUGAUUUUAGCCAACGACACCGAUCUUGAGGUUCUCCUCCAGUCCUACGACAUUGCCGUACCUCACCCUUCUAAGCCCUGGAAUCUUUCGGAUACGGAGUACUUGUUGUCAGUAAAAGGUCAAUCAGACUGGAUGAAUUUGUUGACCCAGCCUGAAGACCGGCCCAAUUUCAAAUCGUUGACUAUGCAAGAGAGGACAUACAAGGCUCUCUUCCAGUAUCUCGAUGAAUUGCAGUCCAAUGGAAAAGACAUUCAACAACCUCCUUUCAAGGAUACAUGGGAACUCUUUCUUCAGUUGGAGACUGUUUUAUACCCGUGGUUGCAUCUCCAGUACAUCAGUUUAUUUGAUGCGCAAAAGCAGAGCAAGGGGGCAGGCAUGAUCUUCUGUGUCGGCAACGAUCAGUUCUAUCAUGCAGCUACAACCAUUCGCUCUAUUCGAGAAGCUCACAAAUCCAACAUCCCCAUUGAAAUUUUUUACAUCAACGAUGAUGAUCUCUCUGAAGUCAAGCGCCAGUAUUUUGAGACGGAAUUUACCAAUGUCAAGACUGUUGACUUAUCGCAGUAUAUUGAUGACACGUGGACACAGUUUGGCGGCUGGGCUAUGAAGCCCUUCGCUAUUUUGGCAUCCAGCUUCACCGAAGUUAUCCUUUCCGAUGCUGAUGUGUUCUUUUUCAAAAAGCCCGAAUCCUUCUUGGAAGAUGCAGGUUACAAGAAAACAGGCUCCCUUUUCUUCUAUGAUCGAACCUUGUUCGCUGACUGGGAUGGCGGAAGAAAGUGGAUGCUGUCCUUCUUACCCACUAUGAGUUCUCUUGUUAGAAAGACAAGAUGGUUCACUUUGCGCUCAUCGCACGAGCAAGAAUCCGGAGUUGUUGUCAUCGACAAGCGUAAAGCAGCUCUUGGUUUAAUGUCAACAUGUAAAAUGAACGACAAACGUGAGCGUGACGAAGUGACUUACGAUCGAGUACAUGGUGACAAAGAGACAUUCUGGGUUGGUUAUGAAAUGAUGCAGACUCCUUACGCGUUCGUCAGCUCUUACGGCGCUGUCAUUGGAGGACUAGGUGAUGGUGGUGAACCAACGCGAGUAUGCGGAAACCAACUUCACCUUGGUGUUGAUGGUCGACCUUGGUGGUGGAAUGGCGGCCUUCUGCGAGAUAAGAAUCGCUGGCCUGAUCGAUACAUGAAAUUCACCCAUUUUGCCGAAGGAGAAGACUGGGAUUUCGAGACAUCGUGUAUUGUCGAAGAAGAUGGCAUAAAGGAACUCACAAAGCAGGAGAAAACUCUAACCGAAUCUUUCCUUAUUCUCGACGCCAAGCGGAAAAAGGAUCAGUUAGCCAUGCACGACGGCACUUGGAAACCUUCCUCUGCUGGCAACACUAGUGGUCACAAUGCGAAAGUGGCCUUCUCCCCGGAUGAAGAUACUACCGACAUGCCGGAAUCGGAUGAAGAUUAAAAUUAAGAAUUUUGAGACACUAGCGUACCGUCUGUUAAUCAGAUUU